AUGACAUUCUUGGAUUCUGGGUUGGUGGAAGCUAGGGUUCUGCUUGACUAUUCCAACAGGGGUUUACCUGAUGGCCACAGGAUGUUAGGUCAGGCACAGAUGCUGGCAAUGGAUGGCCCGUAGGGCGCUGAAGAUGGCUGCAGGAUCAUUGGACUCUGCGACCGUCAUCAUUGUAUUAGUCAACCAUCUCUGUAGAGUCUGUAACUUGGGUGUGGCUCCCCCCACCCCACCCUCCGUGCUUCAGUUUACACAGCAGGUGGCUCCACCAGUCCAGGUCCCCUCUGGGUGGACAGACAUUUCCCAGCUCAUCAGCUAUCAGGGAAAAGGCCCAUGGCUACCACAGGAGACAAGCCCAGAGAUCAGAACUGACCCCACCCCCAUCCCUGCCCACUGAGGUUGUAAGUGGCUUUUAAGAAGGCUGGUGCAUAAAUCCAGCAUGCUGUUUUCCCUACACGGGCAUCAAGACCAGAGGACUCCCUAAAGGCUAACUCAUUGUCUUCAUUUCCUUGGUGAUUGAAAACGCGUGAUGGUGAGUUCCUCAGAGAAGUGAAAGUGGCCCAGAGGGAUCCAGUAAUUCCUGUUAUCGGCCAGCUUUAUAAGUCAGCGAGCCAGGCGCCUGUCUUCAUCCGGCCUGAAGUCCCAAGAGUGCAAAGAUGUCCCUGUACCCAGCUUCCCCAUACCUGGCCUCCCUGCUACUCUUCAUCCUUGCCCUUCAUGGUGCCCUGUCCCUGAGGCUCUGCUCCUUCAAUGUGAGGUCCUUUGGAGAGAGCAAGAAGGAAAACCACAAUGCCAUGGAUAUCAUUGUGAAGAUCAUCAAACGCUGCGACCUCAUACUGCUGAUGGAAAUCAAGGACAGCAACAACAACAUCUGUCCCAUGCUGAUGGAGAAGCUGAAUGGAAACUCACGAAGAAGCACGACAUACAACUACGUGAUUAGCUCUCGGCUUGGAAGAAACACAUAUAAAGAACAGUAUGCCUUCCUCUACAAGGAGAAGCUGGUGUCUGUGAAGGCAAAAUACCUCUACCAUGACUAUCAGGAUGGAGACACAGACGUGUUUUCCAGGGAGCCCUUUGUGGUUUGGUUCCAGGCGCCCUUCACUGCUGCCAAGGACUUCGUGAUUGUCCCCUUGCACACAACUCCUGAAACCUCCGUUAAAGAGAUAGAUGAGCUGGCUGACGUCUACACGGAUGUGAGAAGACGAUGGAAGGCAGAGAAUUUCAUCUUCAUGGGUGAUUUCAACGCUGGCUGCAGCUACGUCCCCAAGAAGGCCUGGAAGAACAUCCGUUUGAGGACAGACCCCAACUUUGUUUGGCUGAUUGGGGACCAAGAGGACACCACGGUCAAGAAGAGCACCAGCUGUGCCUAUGACAGGAUUGUGCUUCGCGGACAAGAGAUAGUCAACUCUGUGGUUCCCCGCUCCAGUGGCGUCUUUGACUUUCAGAAAGCUUAUGAGUUGUCUGAAGAGGAGGCCCUGGAUGUCAGUGACCACUUUCCAGUUGAGUUUAAGCUACAGAGUUCAAGAGCCUUCACCAACAGCCGAAAAUCUGUUUCUCUAAAGAAAAAGAAAAAAGGCAGUCGCUCCUAGGUCUCAUGUUGCCAUUUUCUUUUCUUAAAGUCGUCCCUUGCUUCCAGAUAAAAUGGCCCUCGUGGGUCUCAGCUCUCUGCACACUCAGGAAUUAAGACUGGCUAAGCUGUUUUCACUGUCCACUCUGGUUAAUUUUGCCUGGAGCCAAGUUGGGAGGAGAGUCUUCUGUUACAUCACCCUGACCACGGGCACCCUGCGAACCACCAUGGGUAACCUGAAGAGACACAAAGUCUAUUCCAUAAUAAAUGUGUGUAUUUAUUACACCAUAAA